UUCGCCUCUCACAAAGACGCCAACAGUUUUAGAAAGGUACCGAGAUAUUUUCUCAGUAGAGAGAGCUUGAACCAUGGCGGGAAUCGACACACAGAAGCAGCUUCUCUCUCUGAUCCGCGAUUUCACCUCUGAAAGAUCUCGCGGAGAGCAAAGAGUUGUUGGAUUGAAGAAGAGGAUCGAGAUUUUGCAAUUGGAAAUCGAAGCAGCGAAUUCAGAAGUUGAGAAUGCGAAGCGUAUCAAAGAAGUGGCGGAAGAGGAGCUUAAUGGUUAUGAAGUUGAAUUGUCUUUGAACGAUGCUACGAUUCAAUCUCUGGAGGCAAGGAUUGGUCUUCUUCAGGAUGAAGUUUCUACUAUUGGCAGUGAAGUUGAUGCUCUUAAGAACAAGGAAGGAUUACUCAGAGAUCAGUUUAUAAGCCAAAUGGAAGAACUGAACAAGGAGAUAAGGGAGUUCCAAAAAACAGUAGAUUCGACUUUUGGCAAUGAUGAUAGUACUGGCAUAACACCAAAUGUCAAAGCUUUUGAGGAUAGUUCUGGAGCGGAUUCAGAAGCUAUCAAGGGAAUGCUAUCUGAUUUAAGUUCUCAAUUAGCAAAAGAGAAAGAAGGAUACCUGGCGGAGAAGAAGAUACAAGAACAGCUGCAGAAGGAGCUCGAUGACUAUGAGAAGAAAAUGUCACUCAUGGAGGCCAUAACAGACAAAACGAAUUCAGUGCAAGUUCUCGCUAGAUAUCCUUUAAUCCCGUUAGCUGGUGAAGCAUGAUUUAUAAACUGAUAACUACGGUUGCAGUAAUCAUUUAUCACAUUCACAUCAACUAGUUCUGUUUUUUAAUACAGCCUGCACUCUGCAGCCAGCCAUUCUUUUGCUAGGAUAUAAAGCAAGCCAGUGCUU